CCUUAAUGCCUUGACAAUGUCAACGACCACCCAAAUUCUCUUCAACAGCCCGGCUCUGAAUUCCCUCAAACGCGACCAACUAGUCAAAUUAUGCAAGAUUCAUAGCAUCAAAGCUAAUGGAAAGAAAUUGGAUCUUAUCGAGCGUCUUCAGCUACACGCGCAAACACUUCCGCCUGAUGAUCCGUUGAGCGUUGCAACAAGGGGCGACAGGAGUGAAGAUGAACAAGAUGCUGCAGAGGAAGAAAGUAUCAGAGCAGCUACGAUGGCACGCCCUAGUGAGCAAUGGGAGAUUGUCAUGGACAGCAUCGCAGAAGUUGAUGAAGAUGCUGCGAGUACACUCAAAAACAACCGGUUGGGUAACGCCACACAAGCAGGAGAAUUUGGAACAAACGGAGGCAAAGCUUCAAGCGUUAGUUCCUCUCUCAAAGCCAUAGCCACUUCUCUUGGAUUGAAACGCGGGAACGGAUCUUCUGAAACUACCACGACGACCUCAUCCAAAUCUUCGCUCACUUCCACGCAGAGUGGUCAAUCGCAGAGCACAGCUCCGACUGAGCCAGAGCCCGAAGUUGCGCCCGUGCCAGGACAGAACGCUCUUGCAGGUCUCCCAGCACCGGCCGGCGCCCGUCUCAGUAUAUCUCAGGAGCCCGCAACCACUACGAUUCGCCUAAUCUCCUCCAACGCACCUACGAACUCAUUGUUCUCCCCACCAAAGCUACAUCCAUUCAAGACAUCGUUUGAUCUUGCGCCCCCAACACCCGGGGGAGCGGAAGGUGGUGGCGUAUGGCCCCUCUCGCCUGGAGGCGCCCAACACGAGCGCAUAUACCCAGCUAUUCCAACAUUUUCUGCCUUUGAACCCGUAGAUACGUCGGACAUGGAUAUCGACGUUGAUUUCUCCGGUUCGCUCCCCUCCAGCACGCCCGCGCGUUCAAAGUUCAACACAGGUGCUACCCCCAAAUCCGACGAAAAACCCUCUGAUAUCCCCCAAGACUUAUUUUCCCCGGCACCAAGGCUUACUCGUGCUCGGGAGCAGAUAUCCGCAUUUCGCCCACAGCGCUCUCCGGAAAAGCCAAGCGGCAAACUGGACAUACCCCAUUCCGAACCUUUCAUCUUCGGCUCUCCUAAUCCUCAGCACCGUCUUUCGAACGCGCAAUUCCGAAGUGCGGCUCAAAGCGUGUUGGACGACAUGAAUGCGCGCCUUCAAUCGGAGGGCGUCGCAGGCGUAGACAUUGAUGUUUUGAAACGCCGGCAACAGUCCGUGUCAGGAAAGCCCGCUGCAGACGACCCACAGCAGGAGAAGAAAGCGAGUACGAGUGCGCUAUUCGAUAAAGCACACCAAGCACAAUUCGAUAAGAUGGACAGCAUCACGAGCCACUAUGCUGCGCGCCGCGGACAGCCGUCUAAUGCGGAGGCUGUAUCUGUCUUGGGCAAGCGAAAGAGUGUCGCGGUACUUGCCCCUACCACUGGGAAGAAGCGCAACACGAGCGUUGUGGUGAAGAAGGAUCGCGUUCCUUCAACUUCAAGUCUGAAGCUGCGCACGGUUUCGAAGAAAGUUGUUCCAGGAGGAUUUGGCGAUGAUGAUGACGAUGCUGACGGCGAAGAGGAGGAAGACAGGGAAGAUGAUAGCCGGAAGUCUAAACGUGUUCGCACCGAUCCUGUUGAGGAUGCAGAGAUUGAAAGGGAAGAGGCGAGGAAGCUCAAGGAGCGUGAAGCCAUUCGCCGGAAGCUGGAUGCUAACAAAGCCAAGAGGCGCAGCAGUAUGGGUAGGCCAAGUAUAGGCAAGGUCGUCAAUACACCCAAACAAACCUCGCGCUUUGGUUUCCUCUCAUCUGCAAAGAAUCUCGUCUCGAAUGUCUGGAAUCGCGGAGCAGCUGGGUCCAAGUCAAACGUCCCCGCCGCGAAGCCCGCACCCGCACCCCCGACGAAAACGGCGGCUACGUCUAUGUCCUCCAAAUCAAUCAAAGAGCCCCCAAAAGCACAGUCGAUGGCCAAGAAAACCGCGAUCAUCCCCAGCUCCUCAGACACGCCACCCAUUCCGAAAGAGCGUAUGCUAUCAGUCAGUAAAGGCAAACGCGUGCCUUCCGGAAGUUCGCUUGCACUAGUAGCUGAUUCAACGUCAUCUCGCACAUCGAAGUCACCAAUUCCCUCAUUCCCUGCUCCCGGGACGUCAAGCAGGAUGGGCCAUAGUAGGACUAAUUCCGGGUCUGGCGUUUCGUCGCUCGGCGUUGCUUCGCGAACAAAUAAUGCAGGAGGUGUGGGCUCCAUGGGCACGAAGACUUCCCUAGCAGGUACAUUAAGAAGCACAACUCCUGGCACGGCUCGAGCGCGCACUUCUACGCUCAUGGCACCGACUGCGUCAUCACUAGCCAAGACCAGCAGGUUGCCAGUGCCGUCGUUUUCACCACUCCAGGUAAAAGCCAAGGAGAAAGAAAAAGAAAUGGAAAACGAUGCAGUGGAACAAAUAGUGAAUUCUCCGAUGAUCCCCCGAAGUCAGGGCACAAUCUUCAGCCAGCCCUUGCCACCGAUUAGCCCCUCGUCGAAGCCAUCAGAGCCACAGAUGUCCCUUGCAGCAGCAGCUACUACGCUCGUCAACGCGAAGCCUCCAAUCCCGCCGAAGCCGAAUGUUAUACUCGGACGACGGCCACGCAUAUCAAGGGGAAAGGUGAUCGCGAAACUGGCUUCGCAACGAGAGGCUCAGCAAGCAGGCGUGAGCGCAGGUGUGAGCGCUAUCCCAAGACUACGCGUUGGCACAUCGAGUUCCCAUGCGAGCGUCGGGGUGCCGAAGGUACGGUCCAGCAUGGGCACGAAUGCGGCGAGAGGAUGGCAGUCGCAUGGUGUGGCUAAAACAGGUGGUGAUGUGCUGAUGAGCGCAAAGAAGCGGUCGAGGAGGAGCGAGUAUGCGAGGCGGCGGAGUCGUGUGGAUGGGGAGAAGAUGGAUGUGAAGGGGUGAGCUGCGAGGUAUUUUUUUGUCGCUGUCGUUUUACUUUCUCUUGUUCUGUGCAUUUGAUGAUCAUCCUCCGAGUUAUACUGUAUCUCAUCUUGUGUAUAGUAGUCGAAUCAUGCAAGAACAUAACAUAUGAGCUUGAA